AUGGUCUACCAAGCGACGGCAUCUGCCCCUGUCAACAUCGCAUGUAUCAAAUACUGGGGAAAACGCGACACGAAGCUCAUUCUGCCGACGAACUCGUCGCUCUCGGUCACUUUGUCGCAAGAUCACCUCCGAUCGACGACAACCUCGCGCGCCGAUCCUUCAUUUGCCAAAGAUCGGCUAUGGCUCAACGGCAAGGAAGAAGAAAUCGUCGCGCCUGGGAGGCUGGCAACGUGUAUCGCUGAGUUGAAGAAGUUGAGGAAGGAAUUGGUCGAGGACAAGGAUUCGAGUGCACCCAAGCUAUCGACAUUCCCCGUACAUAUCGCUUCAUUCAACAACUUCCCUACAGCUGCAGGGCUUGCGUCUUCAGCGUCUGGCUUCGCAGCCCUUGUCUCUUCCCUCGCCGCCCUCUAUGCCCUCCCAUGUUCCCCCUCGACCCUCUCUUUGAUCGCGCGUCAAGGAUCUGGUUCAGCCUGCCGUUCCCUCUUCGGCGGAUACGUCGCCUGGGAGCAAGGCGUCUUAGAUGACGGCUCCGACUCGCUCGCCGUUGAAGUCGCACCCCGUUCGCACUGGCCCGAGAUGCACGCCCUCAUCUGCGUCGUCUCCGAUGACAAGAAGGGCACAUCCUCAACCAGUGGCAUGCAACGCACAGUCCAGACCUCAGAGCUCCUCCAACACCGCAUCAAGCACGUCGUGCCCAAGCGCAUGAAGGAGAUCGAGGCAGCCAUCAAGGCGAAGGACUUUGACGCGUUUGCCAAGGUCACGAUGGCCGACUCGAACCAGUUUCACGCCGUUGCGCUGGACACGGAGCCCCCCAUCUUCUACAUGAACGACGUGAGCAGGUCGAUCAUCGCCUUGAUUGUCGAAUACAACAGAGUUGCCAUCGAGAAAACUGGCAAACGGAAGGCGGCGUACACCUACGACGCCGGCCCGAAUGCGGUGAUCUACACGCUGCAGGAGAAUGUCAAGGAGAUUGUAGAGUUGAUUGUCAAGUAUUUCCCGCAAAAGGAUGGGUUCAAGGACCCGUUCCAGCUGUUCGCUGGGGGGAGUGUUGGUGAGGGGCGCGUCGUGGAGGGCUUCAACGAGGCUGUUGCGAAGAAGUUUGAGGUCGGGGCUGUGAAGGGGCUGAUUCACACCAACGUCGGCGACGGUCCCCGGGUACUUGGUGCGGAGGAGGCUCUGCUUGGGCCCGACGGGCUACCGAAGUCGUUGGCAUAA